UGUUAUUGUUUACGUCCAGCAUGUGUCGUCAGCUUCUUGUGGGAGUGAAAAGGGCGAUAAAAUAAUGGUUCAUUUGCGUUGCUGAAGAUGUAGUGCUGAGUGAAAUACGACUGAUUGUUCAAUUUAUAUGUGAAGGGUCACCGGGAUUAUAGCCCGAACAUGGCAUGCCAAGGUUUGCAGUACAUUGUAGACCUUGAAGAUGAAAUUGCUCUCGAAGGAUUGGAUGGAAUUACCUUGGAAGCACUAUGGACUCGCCUCAAACAGCGGCCCAACUUCGAGGCCAACAUGCCCAUUGACAGUGACAGCAAGGCAUUUUUGUGGUCGCUUAUAGUCCAAGAUGAAGAGAUCUUCCUUUUCGAGCUGCCAACGCCAAGAGACAAGUUGGAGAUAUUUAACAGAUAUGAACACAUGGACCCUGAGCUGGGAAUCGUGCUGGAGCCAGAGGAAGAACCAAAGGACAUAUACCCAUUCCACCCUGUAGAGGAUGAGAGCGAAGGCAUGCGAGGGUCGUGCAAGAUGUACCACGAGCGCGUCAACAUAUCGGAUUCUGCCUCGUUGCUGACGCUGGAGGAGGUGGAAAAGCAGUAUGGAGAGAAGCUGGUGCUUGUGGCCAGCCAGACACUGCGAAACAAGGCCCUCUGCAUCUCGGCUUGCAUUGACAAGUUCUAUGACCUGACGCUUACUCAGUACAUCAUACUAGAGCGUAUUGGCCGAUCACGUCGCAUGGGUGAAAUUACACAAGGGAAGAUCAGCUUAGCGGCCAUGGGCGACAAUCCAAAAUCGAUGUUCUACCACCGCAAACGUCUGCUGAAGCUCAACCUGAUCACCAAGCAGCCACACCAGCAAAAGGGGCACAAGGGACAGACCUAUAACGGGUCCCUGCUUCAUCUGACGAGGUUUUAUGUCGAGAGGCGCUCAAAAUUCAUCAUGAUGAUCCAAAGGGCCGUUGAGAUCCUGAAGACGAAGCCUGGAUAUUGUGCUCCUUAUACCGCUGUCAAGGAAGAGAUGGGAAUGCCAGAGACCUCUUGCAGAAAGCUCUUUAAGAGUACAGAAUUUCAGAGAUACAUUAAGAAUGUGACUGCCCCUUAUCGCAAGGUGUACCCCGAUGCCUCUCCUUCUCAGUGGCGGUGCAAAGGCAAGGAUGCUGAAAAGUUUGUACGUAUCAUGGAGCUGAUUAACCCCAAGAUCGACCCCAUGGAGGUGUGCAAGGCAGAGGAGGUGGUUGAAGACGAAGAGGAAGAUGACUCCUAUCCAGGCAUUCUCGACCAGCAUAGGGUGGUUUGGGGCAUCGGUCUUCUCCAGCAGGCCUACAAGGUUGUGGAAGAGGCGGGACCGGAAGGCGUGUCGCAGUCGGACAUGGCCCGCCUCUUGGGACAAACAAAGCUAGACUCACGUACUAUCUGCCGCAACCUCCAACGCAGGAACACAGUGCAUUCACUCAUGAAGGAUGUGGGGAGGCAGCGCGUAUCACGGUACGUGUCGCACAAAUAUGCGCGUACAGGACACCUCACGCAGGAGUUCCGCAAGGAGAGGCAGAGAAUGAUGGCCAUGAUGGAGGCUAAUAAGGCAGAAGUGUGUGGGCCGUCUACAUCAAAGGAGGGCGAGGUGUCCCGCGUCUUGGAGUCGAAUUCCCUAGAAGGAGUAGAAGUCGGGCUGGAGAUGCUCACGGGGGGCAGGGUCAACAUCCCCAAAUCGAAGAGGUUGAACGCAGAUUCGUCCAACCUCACCAAGGAAGCGGACCAGAGCCAGAAGAAGCGCCAGAGCAUUGACGACGAUGGAGACAGCAAGAAUAAAGGCUUUGUCCGAAUGCUGGAAGAGAUCCGGCUGACGUACAACAACCAGCGGAGGAACUCACCCCAUGUCACAACGCGCAUGAUGAAGAGAGCCAACAUGAUUAUUGAAACUGUCGGCUCGAUCAAAGUCAUCGACGACGCUUUCAAGUUGCAGAAGAUGAUUGUGCAGGCGGAAUCUGAAGAAGGGUAUGCUGUCAAGAUGGACAAAAAGAGUCUGAACCGCCUGCUGGACAAGCUCUCCAAGGGCGGCUUUGUCAAAAACAUCAUCGUCAAGCUCAAGUGCAACACCAUGGUAAAAGUGGUCCAGUUUGUGGUCCAUCCUAGCAUCACGUUUGAGAGCCCACACCUCAAGUCAGCCAUCGAGCAGCAGAAGCUCAAGUUCCUGGCCUCGGCACCCGACACCAAGCGGGAGGCAGAGGGAGGAGGAGCAGGAGGAGGAGGAGGGGGAGGAAGCGGCAGCACGAAGGGAGGAGCAGCAGCAGGUCCAGAAAGCGCCAAAGUCAAAGUCAAAAGCGAGAGCUCUGCGGCCAAGAUGGUAAAGAAGGCCAUGAGUGAGGAGAAUGACCGCAUGAACAAGAGCUCAGUUGGGGCCAGCAUGCAAGAGCUCAAGCAGAUGCACCAGGUGUCGACCACGACAGUUGCUACACCUGAAGCCGAAGCAGGCGUUGCUCCAGCUGUGGUGAAGAAGGAGGCCGGCGUGAAGGGGAGCCUGGGACCAAAGUUCGUCCGCAUGUGCGAGCUCCACAAGCUGCUCUUCUACCUUGUCUAUGGUUACUCUGGAAAAGAGGACAUGGAUCAAGUGGAAGCCUGGCAGACUAUAGCCUCUUCGUCGCCUGAGGCCCAGAUCCACGCCGAGGACCUGUCCACUUAUCCGAUGGUCUACUAUGCUGAACUCUCAUGGAAAAUGUUCAUCCCACCAUUGCCAAAUCACAUGAACUCGGAGAGUGGCUGGGCCUUUGUGUGCGACGUGCUGCUGCGGUUGCCCCUUUGCAUCUUUGUCCGGCUGGUCAGUAUCUGCCAUUACUCGAGUGAGAUCGAUGCCUUCAUGAACCACCCCAUCAAGAGAAACCUGCUGGUGAAAUACCUCCCACCGCACCUCCGCCAGGCCCUGCUACAGGGAAGGCGUUACGUUACUUACGUGAUUGACCUGAUCAAUCGCUUGUGUUAUGUGGGCCUGCUCCAGUAUGGCCACCAGAUUAUGAAGGAAAAGGACCAGGUGUUCAUCUACGUCAACCGGCAUGCCAGCCUCAUCGACACAACCACUUCGGGUCCCGGAUACCACCAGAUCUCAGCUGACAAGGAAUAUGUCCGGAAAGAAUACUUCUUCUCUUGCUUACAGGAUGUGCUUCAGUACUGGUAUGACAUGUGGACCAUCUCAAUGCACACACCUCUUGGUGGCCACAACUGCAUGCAAGGGAAGAAAAUUACAAUACAGAUUUUGGACCGCAAACCUCAGAUCAUUGAGUCACUCACUCCACGCAGUACAGAAGAGGCUCCAGCAAGAGACAACGGUAGCAUCCCAGGUGAUGGACGAGGGGCAGGAGGACUCGAUUCGGCCAUGUUUGCCCAUCUGAAGCGCAACUGGUCCUCGAACUCAGGUCACUCAGCUUCGGCAAGACCCUCAGCACUUCUGCCUCCCAACACUGAGGGUGGGGAGAGGGCCACCUAUGAAGGGACAAUCUCGUACACGCAGUACUUGAUGAACACCACGAAGAUAUGGCUGACAUCCACGAAAAUUUUGUCUCUGAACUUACAAUUCAAACUGUUUGUCACAAUUGACCAACUACAGAAGAGGCUUUACAUCACAUUUCUUGAUUUAAAGCACAGUUCUCCUCGCAUGGGGACUGAUGGCAAGACCCUGGAGAUCCCUGUGGGUAUGGUUCCUCGUGCUCCACGGGGACGCAAACGCAAGAGAGACGGCGUAUCAACACCGGAGACUGAGACUCCUCCUGUCAAAUUGAAGCGAAGCGGACGGCAGGGCAAGAGCAACAGGCCAGCCAGUUAUCAACGGGAACUCAAAAUGCGCAAAAAGUCCCCCAAGAAACCUUACUAUGACGAAGAAGAUCGUGCAGCCCUCCGAAGGAUGAAUAAACUACGAGUCGACUGGUCCUCCGCCGAAGACUCGUUCCUCCUGUUGUGCAAGGUGGCCUCUUGUUUCCUCUUCCCAAACAUCCGAAGCCAGAUGAUCACCUUCAGUCUUGUAAGAGAUAUGCUCCACGAACGGUUUCCGGAGUCUUUGAACAAGACAUCGCGUGCCUGCCAAAGGAGGAUCAACUACAUCAUGAAGAAUCCAACGACAGAGGAUAACGUGGCCAUCUUCCUAGAGGAGGUGCGCCAGGAUCCCGGCAUUGUGGCGGAUUUUAAGAGUCCACGGGUGCCCCGCAACAAGAAGAACAUCGAGAGUGUGUAUGCGACUAUGUUCCGUGCCCUCAUGCAGCGGCUGGUGGUGAAGUUUGCCUCAAGUGAGUCACGACAGUGUCCUGACCUGCCACCCUCUAUUGAAGAGUUCCACCAGCGUUUCCGCAUCAUCAUGGCUUCGUCCUCACUCCGCAACAAACUCAAGUUCCGCCCAGUCGUCAAUGUGUCGGAUAUUGAUUUCCAUAUUGUCAAUACACUUAUCUAUAGUUCACUUUGCUCCAAGCACGACAGGGAAUCAUAUGCGUAUCAGCUGUACCUCGCAUACCAGCAGUACCCCCAGGCACUCCUCAAUGCAGUUCUAACCCGUAUGCGGCAAGACCAGAUGAUCAGCUACAAGAAAUGUUAUAAUAGGUCACAGGUGGCGCAGACUUGCCUGCCACUAUCCACCUCCCCUUUCCAGCUGUCUGUCACAUAUCAUCAUGUCUUUAAUUUCAAGUACCAGUAUGAAAUCUACAGCCAGGCAUGGCAGAUGCUGAAACAGCUGAUUACAAAGAAGCAUAAAGCCAUUAUUGAGAACGUGAGCUACAAGCAGAGUCUGACAGAGGGCUGUCUCCCUGCAGAGGAGGAGGUUGAUGUCACAGGCAACACUGCUGACAAGCCUGCUCUGGAUCCUGCUUCUGCUUCACUCAAGGAUGAGCAAGUGAUCGGCAGCAUGGACAUUGGCAGUGGAUUCCAAGAGGAGGGCGUUCCAGUGGUGAUCCUACAUGAGGGCGGCUACUGUGCCACCAUUGUUGCCCUUCUGGCCACCAAACGAAUCAUCUUCGACAUCAUCAUCCCUGAGCAGAUCAUCAUGAUGGACCAGCAGCAACGCUUAAUGGAGGACCAGCACCAAUCCCUCUUGCGGCGGUUCUCAUCUCAUUCACAAAUGGCUGGUAAAGAGGUAGGCGACUCCCUGGGGGGCUACGACAUGGCACACUCUUACAGCGAGGAGGCCAGAGACGAUGUCAAACCUGGAACCAAGGGCACUCAUGUUGUCAAGGAGAGACUCAAGGAGGAGGCCAAGUUAAAAGCCUCAGGUGAAGAAAGCACUGUUGCAGCUGCAAAAGCAGAAGGAGGUAAACGAAAAGCACUUUUGAAGGAAGAGGAACCUGUAAAAAAGGCAAGACACGAAGAAGGGGGCAAUGAAGAGGAAGGGACAAUGACACCAUCAUCACCAUUGCUUGAUCAGACAAAUGAAGACAGUGCAACAGUAGCUGUCAUGGAGGAACAACUGGCCCAGCCAGAUACUACUGAGGAGAAUGCCAAGACACCCAAGGACACCACAGGAACUGCAGAAGAGAUGGAAAAUGAAGCUGUGGAGAAACCAUCUUUGGAAGAUACGGGAAAUGAAGCUGUGGCAGAACCAUCAGUGGAAGAGAUGGGAAAUGAAGCUGUGGAGGAACCAUCUGCAGAAGAGAUGGGAAAUGAAGCUGUGGAGGAACCAUCUGCAGAAGAGAUGGGAAAUGAAGCUGUGGAGGAACCAUCUGCAGAAGAGAUGGGAAAUAGAACUGUGGAGGAACCAGAGAACCCAUUGCAAGGGACAGAGGACAGCAACCCUUUAGGGGAUGCAUCAUCACUUGAAGGCGAUGAUGUUGAUAUCACCAGCACAUCUCAAAAUAAAAGCCAGUCCUCGGCCUCCCGUCUGGGCCUGUACAUGAUGCGAGACCAGCUGACCCUGGCAGAGGUGGACCAGAUCAACAUCCAGCACGCCCAGGAGCACCUCGUGGUCAACGCCUGCGACAUCACCAUCCGCCUCCGAGCACCACCGGACCUGCAGGAGGAGGUGGAUGAGGCCAUUGCGAGGGAUGACCUUGAGGCUGUGGAUAACCUCCUGCUCCCCCUCCCCAAGAGUGUGGUUGCAGAGGCUUUGGAGAAAAGGAGGAGGGUAACGCUGGAGAUAUGGAACCCGUUGGAGGACGUCGCGAACAAGUGGCGAGAGGAGGGUGAGGCAGAGGAAUUCGUGGAUUCCGUAAAGGAGGUGUUUGAGUACAUCCACUCGCGCAGGGAGGUCGGGGCAUCUAUCUGCGAGCUCAAGGAGAGGUAUAACCAGCACUGCCCCUGGCCGGUCAGCUACAUCCUCUACCGCAUGGAGGAGGCCAGGCUGGUGCUGCGGGUGGGCGUGGCGCUGGUUCGGUGGGUCACCAUGGCGUACACUAAGCCCUGGCUCAUCCACACCAAUAAGAUUACAAGAGGAAAUCGACAGAGCGUGAAACUCCAAGGCGUGUACAAGAUGAACCUGAACAACCCGGAAAAGGAGGUGGAAACGGGCAAGAAUAAUGAGGAUGAAGGGAAAGUGGACGAAGUGGAGAAUGGGGAGCAGAGCGGAGAAGUUAUGGAGGUACAGAACGAAAGCAACGCGCCAGUGGAAGACAUAACAACGGAAAACAUGGCAACAGAUGGUGUAGUAACAGAAGACGCAGCAACAGCAGACAUAGCAACAGAAGAGGCAGCAACAGCAGACAUAGCAACAGAAGAGGCAACAAUAGCAGAUGCAGCAACAGCAGAUGCAGCAACAGAAGAAGCAGCAAUAGAAGACGUGAUAACGGAAGAUGUAACAGCGGAAGACAUGGCAGAGUUAGACAUAACGGAAGAUGUAACAUUAGACACAACAGAAGGCGUGACAACAGAAGGAGACUCAGAGAUGACUGUAGAUCAAACCACGCAUACGUCAUCAUAUCUUCCAGGGGGCUUAGGAGAACCUUCAUUUGAUCUGCAAGAUGGCACUACGAUCGACUCCUCAGCCCUCGAGAACGAAAAUGGAGAAACCUUUGAAGACGUCAGUGGCAGUGCUAUCUCAGAGAAGCUUUCGAUGUCAAUGACAGCGAUAGAGACAACAGCAGCAGCAGCAAUUACAGAAACAACAACAGCAGCAGCAAUUACAGAAACAACAACAGCAGCAGCAAUUACAGAAACAACAACAGCAGCAGCAGUUGCAGAAACAAGUACUAAUGUCAACGACGACGAGGCAACUAAGAACGAGGCUAAGGCUGCAAGGCGGUCGCAGAGGAUUUCUGUCAAGAAUGAGGCCGGAAACCAAGAAGCCCCGGAGGAAAGCAGCGGGACGUCGGUGCGCCACAUCCACUCCUGCCUGGCCAUGAGGAAGCGGAAGUACAGGAAGGACGAGGAGGCUUCCAAGGAGAUGGAGAGGACGAUCAAGCAGCACCAUGAUACGUCCGACUACGAGCAGAUCAGCGUGGCGGUGCGCCCGUGGGUCCGGCUGAACGGCACGCUGAACCGGCGGGUGCUGGACCGCCUGCUGGGGGCCGUGCUCAACCUGGUGAUGGAGCGGCCGGGGAUCAGCGCCAGGGACAUCGUGUGCCGUUUCUCGCCCGCCCUCCAGCCCGCCCACACCCACGACCUGCUCGACACGCUGGUGCAGAUCCGCUGCGUCGCGCCCAUGCAGCUGCACCGCUCGCACAGGCCCUCGCUCUUCAGUGACACCGUCGAGUACACGCUCGAACCGGCGGACCUGCACGACUGCGAGGACGAAAUCCUGUACGAGCCGAUGGUCGACGCCAUCUUGAAACUGGCCAUGUUCAUCGGCGACAAGAAAUAUUCUCAGGAUUUUCUCUCCGGGGAUCGCAGAUGAUCUUCCUUUUUGCUUUUUGUUGUUAGAUUAUUUUAUUUAUUUAUUAUUUUGUUGGGGCAUUUUUGUUAUAUGUGCUACAUUGCAUAAUUAAUACUAUUAUGUAUGUAUAUUGUAAUUAGUCAUACUUUUUCGAAGUUUUUUUUUUUUCAAAAUGUUUAAUAGGGAUUGUAUAUUAAUUUCUGUAUAUAUUUCAUAUCCUCUCGAUUAUGAGCAUUGGAAAUAUUUUUUGUUGUAUGUGAUUGUAUAUAUAAGGAAAAACCUACUGUAAAUAUAAUUUUUCUGACUUUUUGUCUUCAGUGUAAGUUUCUAUUAUUAUAGAGCACUAUUUUUCAUUGAAUCCUUAUGGCAAAACUGUAAAAAAUAAGUUGUGCAUUUUUAAAGAGAAUAAAAUUGUAAAUAUUGGGAA